GCUUGAAUAAUUUCUAUUCAUAAACACAUUUCAUAUACGCCGACCUACUGCAUAUGUUUACAUAGGAAACCAGCUUUACGUGAAUAGCUUGUAUACAAUUACUGAAGUGAGACAGUACAGUUAUGGCGUGCAGGAAGAACAAAAUGAAAUACUAUAAGUUCAAUGACUUUUGGGAUACUUUGAGGAAAGACCUUGAUGCUAUUGAGCAGAAAGCAAAAGAAGACGAGGAGGAAAAGAAAUCGAGAAGGAAAGGAAGUCAGCGAGUACGUUGGACUGAAGACAUGGAGAUAGCGUGUCACAAGAAACGUAUCAUUAGGGAAAGAAAAUUGGCCAAUGCUGAACUGAAAAUGACUGCCAAAGCUCUUCUAGCUAUCAGGCGAGAAGCACUUAGACUGUUGUUGGAAGAAGAAUCUAAGAUGUAUGAGGAAGAAAUGAGAGCUCUUGAAAUAACAUUCUGAUAACUGCAGCUUGAUAGAAUACCAUUAAAUGACAUUAUGGUUUAUAUUGGUUAUACAUCAAAAAGAGAUGAAUGAUGAAACAGUUGUUAAAUUCAAAGCAAACUUGGCAGCCUAUGCAUAGUUGUUAAUACGUCCAUAAUUAUAUCUACGCUUCAAGAUUUUUGACAGUUUUUGCUUUUUUUACUUUUGUGGACAUUGUGAAAAUAAAGAAACAAAGUAUAUGGA